CCUCACCACCACCCACCCCGUCCAACUUCAACCAUGUCCUCCCCACCUCCCAACCUCCCUUCGGGCGUCUCCGCCAUCCUCGCCGCCAUGGGACUCGACCCCAAUGCGCUCGGUGGUGAUGACCUCCCCUCGCUGGCAGAGCUACUUGGCGCUCUCUCGCUCUCGGCUCGCUCGCCUUCUCCGCCUCUGCUCACCGAUGAAGAGCGCACAAGCGUGUUCGGUGGUCAGCCGCCAAGUCUAGAUGCCUUUGUGGGCAAGAUCCUCUCCGGCGAGCUGCGGAACGUCAUUGUGCUUGCUGGCGCUGGCCUCUCGGUGGCGGCAGGCGUGCCGGAUUUCCGCUCGGACGCUGGCCUCUACGCCGCGCUCGCCCAGUACGAUCUCCCCUUUCCCGAGGCUGUCUUUGAGCUCGACUUCUUUCGAUCGAACCCGCGUCCAUUCUACGCGCUUGCCUCUGCUAUGUUCUCAGAAACGGACACGGUGAGUCCCACCCUCGCUCACUGGUUCCUGCGUCUCCUCCACGACCGUGGCCUCCUUCUCCGGGUCUACACUCAGAACAUCGACGGCCUCGAGGCCGACACUGGUCUGCCGGACGAGGUCGUCAUUCCGGUCCAUGGCUCGUUUGUCGACGCCCACUGCAUCGACUGCGGCGCCUCCUACGAGAUCGACGUCGUCAAGACCGCCAUCCGCAGCGCAGACAUCCCCCGCUGUGCCAUCGCAGACUGCGCCGGCCUCAUCAAGCCGGCCAUCGUCUUCUUUGGCGAGUCACUUCCCGAGACGUUCUUCGAGCACUCGCGCGAGGACGUCGCCAUCGCCGACGCCAUCAUCGUCAUGGGUACCUCUCUCACAGUUCAGCCUGUUGCUUCGCUUCCGUCGCGCGUCUCACCCACCAUCCCGCGCCUCCUCAUCAACCGCGAGCGCGUCGGUGACUUUACCCCUGCCGAUGACCCUAACAACUACCGCGAUGUUCUGGCGCUAGGCAAUCUCGACGAUCAGGUCGUCCGCCUCUGCCACGCUCUCGGCCCCGACUGGUCUGCAGACCUCGCAUCCCUUGCCGGCAGCGGCUCGGUCCUCGACAAGGCCGCUGCUGACGAAAAGGCUCGCGCCGCUGCAGACGCCAUUGCCCGUGCUGUCGCCGCCACCACCGCCGCUCCUGUUGACGUUGUCUCAGAUGCUGCCCCAGCCGCCACGUCCAACGCGUCCGGCUCGGCCAGUGUGUCCCAGACUACGUCCCCUGCCCCGCAUCCGUCAUCGGCGUAAGACUCGAG